GGGGGUUCCUCUCUCAUAGCCGGGCCGGCCGCUUCGCCUGGAGACUGCCCGGGCGUGCUUCAAGGGCGCUCGCGGGAGCCUUUCCCGGGGCAUUGUACAUAGCAUGGAGGAGCCCAAGGAACCCAAGGAGGAGCGCAAGGAGUCCAAGGAGCGAAAGGAGACCCCGGAGAACCGGGAGAAUGUGUACCUGCUCACCUACUCCUUCAACCAGGACUUCUCCAACUUUGUGGCGGGCACCACUGCGGGCUUCCGGGUCUUCGGGGUCGCCGGCCAGCGGGCGCCUGCCGAGAAGGGCGCCGGCUACGCGGCGGCUCCGGCCCCGACCUCGCCGGUGGAGGAGCUGCGACGGCGUGAGCACAGCCCAGGGCUGCAGCACAGCGCGGUGAUGCACAUCUCCAUGCUCAACAAGACCAGCAUCUUCGCCAUGGCGACGCUGUCUCUGGAGCGGCAAGGGGAGGGCCUGGCGUCCAUGAACAAGGUGCAGAUCUGGGACGAGAAGAAGCAGAAGACGGUGGCGGAGCUCCGGUGUCGGAACGAGGUGAAGGGCGUGUAUUUGCACAAGGACGUCAUCGUCAUGGUCUGCGAGUACGUGAUCUACGUCUACACCUCCGGUGACCGGCUCAAGGUGAUUCUCCACUUGGACACCGGCUCCAACAAGCUGGGGCUCUGCGCCCUCGCCUACGGGAGCGACCCCUGCAUCAUCUGCUGCCCCGCCCAGAACCGAGGCGCUGUGCGGAUCCAAGUGGGCCAAGACGCGCAGGCGACCCACGUGUUCCAGGCGCACCAGUCGGGCCUGGCGGCGCUGGCGCUGACGACCAGCGGCUCGCUGGUCGCUACGGCGUCGGAGACCGGCACGGUGAUGAAGGUGUUCCGCACCGCGGACGGGGAGGCGCUGUACAGACUGCGCCGCUCCACCCGGGCGGCGCACAUCUCGUGCCUCACGUUUCGGGACGACGCCUUCCUGGCCGUGGCGUCGUCCUCGGUCACUGUGCAUAUCUUCAAGCUGGACAACGCCACUGCCGCGGAGGUGGAGGACCCGGAGAAGGAGAACAGCGCCCAUGCCUCGCCGGCGCUGAAGCCGGCGCCGGAGCCUUGGCCGAGGCUGACGGCUCUGCAGACCCUGCAGCACAAGGGCGCCGAGGUGCUCCGGGGCUUGACGCCUCAGUACCUGGCCGACCUCCGGAGCUUCGGGCAGUUCCGGGUGCCGGACAUGGACGGGGGCCCGGCGCUGGACACGCGCUCGCGGCUGUCGCACAUCGCGGGGCCGAUUUUGGCCUUCCACAAGACCGAGCCGCGGCUCUACGUACUGCACUACAACGGCUUCCUCUACGAGUGUGGCUUCCAGCCGGAUGGGGACCCGACCACCACCCAGGAGUGCACCUUCCUGUCGGCCACUGCGUGGUUCGCCAACCGCCCGGAGUUCACCUUGGCCACCGGGGAGAGGAAGACGGAGCCAGGGGAGACCGACGGAGAGGAGUGGCAGCUCCUGUAGAUGGCUCACCAGACCUCCGCAAAUUCAGCCCAUUGAGGUGUGUUCUUUGGUGCAUGUUGCUUGGA